UAUAUUUGAUUUCUCUUUAUUAUAUGCAGCUGGUGACGAAGUACAUCCAACAAUGGGGAUUCAUAUGUGCCCUAUGUCUGACACUUUUCGCCGGUCUAUUGCGCAUAAAUGGUUUAAGCAGUUCGCCUAGUGCGGGUAGGCAUCCCGAUGAGCAACAUUACUGGAAAUACGUUUUCCUAGAGACACCCGCAGCCGCCGUGAUACCACUACUUCCACUCAUCUUCCCCAUCAUGUGGAUAUCAAUGAAUUUGUGGGGAGUCGCAAGAUUGCAGUGCUUUCUCAGAAUACCACAAGUUCUUAUCACCAAAGACUCCGAAAAAUCAUUCGAAGAAGAUUUGGACAGUCCAACCUUUGACUAUGAUAAUAUUUCGCUGCUACGUUCAAAUGUCUUCCGCAAUUGGUGGCAACUAUGGAAUGGUGAAAGUGAGUUACUACCUCGCUCAUCGAAUUUAGUUCAGGUUUUGGGUUCCAUCACGGCACUCUGUUGUAUAGACAAGAAAGGCAUACUUUCAUGGCCAAAUCCGACAGCCGAGAAGGUUUUCUUCUUACAUGAANUUAUCCAAAUUUUUGUUCCAAUACAACUAGGUUUUUGUAUUUUGCACAAAUAUUAA